CCCAUACAAAACAAUUGACCCAAGCAUUGCCACCAGCUCGUUUAUUUGGGAAAUGAACUUUUCUUCAAAUUUGAAGUCCAAACCAUACAUACUUGAAAACUAAACUGCGGUUUGUAAAGGGAGUAUAAUUUCCACUAAACUCCUAUCGAUAUUGCUCAUUACAUUGAGUAGCUUAAAAUUAUCCAAGUUCAAGCUUGGCUUUGACCUCGAAACCUUAACUGGUCAAGCUUGUGCUACACAUGAAAUAAGUUUGAGUGAGCUCAAAUGGUAGUAUACCUUUUUAACGCGAUUCUGAAGAAAGUGUAGGAAGCUGUGUAUGCUAAAUUUAAACUCGCACCAGAUAGUCGUCUUCCCCAAAACCUCGACGCAAUAAGCAAAACCCCGACGACUUCUCCACCUUCCUUCCCCUGUCCGGUCGACACUCUUCUUCCGCCCGAUAAGGAUUCUAGCUAUAAAUGCAGGAAAUGAGGAGCAGUUAAAGUAAUUUCCAGCCCCACCUGGAUGCCAAAGGUAGAUCCGCCCCUUGCUCCAAACCCUAACGGCCUGUUUGGAUUGAGUGUUGAAGAGUGUUAGUAAUGGAAGUGUUAGUAAGUGUUGAUGCUAACACUUGUUUGGGAGAAAAAUCCAGAGGUGUUAAGAAGUGUUAGUAAUGGUUAGGAAGUGUUAAUAAUAACCUUCCCAACACCUCAAUUGUCCAUUUUUUUAACACGUCGAUUUGGAGUGUUUUGAGGUGUUGGACAAUUAUUACCCUUCUCAUUUACCCGAAAAACAUAAAAUGAUUCGACAUUUUACUUCGAAUGUCUUUCCCACGGGUCUGAUGGUUUGUUUUUUCAUCUCUUCUCUCUACUCGUUUCUUUUGCCUCAAGGUAAAAUUAUUAACACUUCCAUUAUUAACACUUCAUUCAUUUGACUCUCCCAAAUAAGGUAAAAUUAUGUCUAACACUUACACUUCCCUUCCCUUCCGAACCCUAACUAACACUUACUAACACUUGCAUCACACUUCCAAACACUCCAUACAAACAGGCGCUAAUAUACUACGAUCUGCUCCAUUGCUUGCCUUGAUUCCAAAAAUGUCGUACUUGCUGCCUCAUCUUCAUUCCGGUUGGGCAGUUGAUCAAGCGAUCCUUGCAGAGGAGGAGCGCCUUGUCCUUAUCCGCUUCGGUCACGACUGGGACGAGACCUGCAUGCAGAUGGAUGAGGUAUUGGCUUCAGUGGCGGAGACAUUAAAGAAUUUUGCAGUGAUAUACCUAGUGGAUAUAACCGAAGUACCUGACUUCAACACAAUGUAUGAAUUGUAUGACCCGUCGACUGUAAUGUUCUUCUUUAGGAACAAACACAUCAUGAUUGAUCUUGGAACUGGGAAUAAUAACAAGAUAAACUGGGCGCUGAAGGACAAACAAGAGUUCAUUGACAUUGUUGAGACUGUGUAUCGUGGUGCCAGAAAGGGCCGUGGUCUUGUCAUCGCACCCAAAGAUUACUCUACCAAGUAUCGUUACUGAUGUAUUCUAUUUGUUGUGGUACACACGCACAGAUUUGUAUUGGUCCCUGUUGUGCGUUUAUGAUUAAAUUAAAUAAUAAUGAGACUGUAUUAGAUACUCUGUAUAUUGAUGUUUGGUGUUGUAUUAGACUAAGUCGCACCGCUUGUUGAUCGAUUGCAGAAUACAUAUUCCUUUUGUUUGGCAAGUUUCAACAUUAUCUUAUAAUAGUCAUGGACCCGGGCCGGGCCCGGC